AUGACUGCAGAAAAACUAUUAGAGUUUGCUUGGGGUUUGACCAAUAGCAAGCAACAUUUUCAAUGGAUCAUUAGGUCUGAUCUUGUCAUUUGCGGUUCCGUGGUUUUGUCAUCUGAGUUUAAGAAUGAAAUCUCAGAUAGAAGCCUAAUCGCGAGCUGGUGCCCGCAAGAGCAAGUAUUAAACCAUCCUUCAAUCGGUGGAUUCUUAACUCAUUGUGGAUGGAACUCAACCACUGAAAGUAUAUAUGCUGGAGUUCCAAUGUUGUGUUGGCCAUUUUUUGCUGAUCAGCCAGCAAAAUGCAGAUAUAUUUGCAAUGAAUGGGAGAUUGGCAUGGAAAUUGACACCAAUGUGAAGAGAGAUGAGGUGGAGAAAUUGGUCAAUGAAUUGAUGGUGGGAGAGAAAGGAAAGAAGAUGAGGAAAAAGAUAAUUGAACUGCAAAUGAAGGUGGACGAAGACCCGAGACCUGGUGGUUGUUCAUACAUGAACUUGGAAAAAGUGAUUAUGGAGGUUUUGCUUAAACAAAAUCAAACCUAA